AUGGUUGAAAUCAGAGAUUUACCUCAGGAUUUAUUUUAUCAAAUUUGCUCUUAUUUGCGGAUUAACGAUCUUAUUGCACUAUGUUCUGUGUGUGCACAAUUUUGUCACUGGUUACAUCGGCAGUCGUAUUGGAAAUGGCGCUCGCAAAGUCUUUGGAAUGGAACUUACCCUUGUUUACCAGAGAAGAUCAUAGACUGGGCAUCGGCAAGUUUUGAACGAGAAAAGUGCUGUAUAAACUUCGGGGAAAAUUCAGUUGAUUGCAUUCGCCUAUCCAAGUUGAACGUGGUCAGCCACGGGAUAGACGCUUUACAUAUUCCCCUGAAACAUCCAGAUUUACUUAUAAUGGGUGAUAGAGGUCGAGUGGUGUCAAUAUUUUCAUUCAAGGCUGGAUUGUUUUCUAAUUCAUGGCUUCCUGUAUUCACUGAAUAUCAUAGUCAUUCCGGUUGGAUAUGGACUAUCAAUUCAACAGAUGAUUCUGUCAUAACAGGUUCAUGGGAUGGUGCUUUAAGAGUUUGGAAGUUGACAAAUUCUGGCCUCGCAUUCCAGUCAAUUUAUCAAUUAGGAACUCCUGUACUGUGUUCAAGCUUUUUGGAUUCUAAUACUUUGGCAGUUGGUACACAUGAUCGAAAUGUUUAUCUAUUGGAUAUACGUUCGUUUGAACAAAAUCCAUCGAAUCGUUUGUGUCAUAAAAACGCUGUUCUUUGCAUAGAUGCUAUAUAUGAAAAUGGUUUGCGUUCAGCUGUUUCAAGAAGCUGUACUUCUAUGAAAAACUGUAUUAGUGGUAGCGGUGAUAACUGUGACCAGAUAUGUGUAGAAUAUGAUUAUCAUUCAGAGUUGUCAUCUGUAACAGCAAGUGAAGAAAAUUUUGAAGACUGUAUGAUUGAUCCAUUUGAAAUGGAAACUGUUGUACUGGACAGUCGUGAACCCAGUCCUGUAUCAUUUCCCGCAAAGUGUAAUUCAGACGAAAUAAGUUGUGACCAACUGAAUAUACAAACUAAUUCACCACCUACUGACCUAAACCAUUCGCCAAAACAAUCAUUUUCUAACGUUCACCUAAUCACUGGCAGCAGUGAUCAAUAUAUUGCUGGUUGGGAUAUGAGAAAUUUUUCUCAACCGGUUCACAAACACAAGCUCAGUCGUUACCCAAGAAAGCUGUCUCUCUUGGAUAAGUAUGAAUUAUGGGUUGCUGAACCACCGAAUCGAAUUCACGUGUUCGACAUUCGAAAAAACCAGUUCAACUGUGUAUAUACUAACCAACUUUCUGGAUGGAAUCGUGGUUUCGGCGGCCUCAAGGCUACACUAGGAUGUAUAUUCGCUGCUGGUUUGCAUGGUUCUGUGGAAGCAUAUCAUCCAACCAAUCCAGUGAAGCCAUUGAGUAAACGACCUCUGGCUGAGAAAAUUAAUGCUCUUCCUACAAGUCUGGAAUAUCAUAAUGAUGUUUUGGUGGUUGGUUCUGGGAAUGGCUCAAUUUAUGUUUGGUCUUGUGUAGAGAGAAUUAAUUCACUGACUACUUCAUACUAA